CUCAAGGUCAAGACACCAAUUUAUUUAAUUAUUUCAUUAUAAUUUUAGAUCUUGAAAUUAAUAAUUAUUAUUAUUUUCCUUAGUUUUAUUAUUUGUUUUAUUUAGAUCCACCGGCAAAAUCACUGAGAACAAAAGCUCGUUGUUAUUAUUCCUCUUAUUUGUUUCUUCUUCUUCUUCCUCAGCUCUUUGAUUUUGAAUCUUGAUCUGUGAGGAAGACUCUUUGAAAUCUCUGCUCAAGACGUGAAUUUGAGGCAAACCCUUUUGGAUUCUCGUAUUGAAUUGUUUGAAGCAACAAUCUCCCAGGGGAGUAAGGCGGGAAUCUCAAAUUUCCCAUUGGUGGUCUGAAAUCCAAAUGCGGUCUGGGAGAAGACCACAAGGAAGAAGAAAAGCGUCAAGGAACGAAACAGAGACGGAAUUGAGAUCGAGAAUCGGGGAGAAAUCGAGAUCGGAGAAGCGGAAUCUGAUCGGAUCUGAUGUUGGGUUUGGGAUUGUUGUUGUUUUCAGGAAUUAGGGUUUUUUUGGAAUCGGUUUCUGUUGUCACUGUGGUGGGGCUGCACUACCAAGGAGGAUGCAGCUUCACAUAUCGCCGAGCAUGAGAAGCAUCACGAUUUCGAGCAGCAAUGAGUUUAUUGACUUGAUGAAGAUCAAGGUCGCAGCUCGUCACAUCUCUUACCGAACUCUCUUCCACACCAUCUUAAUCCUCGCUUUCUUGUUGCCUUUUGUCUUCAUCCUCACCGCUCUUGUUACCCUCGAAGGUGUCAACAAAUGCUCCUCCAUUGAUUGUUUAGGGAGGCGGAUAGGUCCACGUCUUCUUGGUAGGGUAGAUGAUUCAGAGAGACUAGCUAGAGACUUUUAUAAAAUUCUAAACGAAGUAAGCACUCAAGAAAUUCCAGAUGGUUUGAAGCUUCCAAAUUCUUUUAGUCAACUUGUUUCAGAUAUGAAGAAUAACCACUAUGAUGCAAAAACAUUUGCUCUUGUGCUGCGAGCCAUGAUGGAUAAGUUUGAACGGGAUAUGAGGGAAUCGAAAUUUGCAGAACUUAUGAACAAGCACUUUGCAGCAAGUUCCAUUCCCAAAGGCAUUCAUUGUCUCUCUCUAAGGCUGACAGAUGAAUAUUCCUCGAAUGCUCAUGCUCGUAGACAGCUUCCUUCGCCAGAGUUUCUCCCUGUUCUUUCAGAUAAUGCUUACCACCAUUUUAUUCUGUCCACGGACAAUAUUUUGGCUGCAUCAGUUGUGGUGUCAUCCGCUGUUCAGUCAUCUUCAAAACCCGAGAAAAUUGUCUUUCACAUCAUCACAGACAAGAAAACCUAUGCGGGUAUGCAUUCAUGGUUUGCGCUUAAUUCUGUUGCACCAGCUAUUGUCGAGGUCAAAGGUGUUCAUCAGUUUGACUGGUUGACGAGAGAGAAUGUUCCGGUUUUGGAAGCUGUGGAAAGCCAUAAUGGUGUCAGGAACUAUUAUCAUGGGAAUCAUGUCGCUGGGGCAAACCUCACAGAAACAACUCCACGAACAUUUGCUUCAAAAUUGCAGUCUAGAAGUCCAAAAUACAUAUCUUUGCUCAACCAUCUUAGAAUAUAUAUACCAGAGCUUUUCCCGAACUUGGACAAGGUGGUCUUCUUAGACGAUGAUAUAGUUGUCCAGGGAGACUUAACUCCACUUUGGGAUGUUGACCUUGGUGGUAAGGUCAAUGGAGCAGUAGAGACUUGCAGGGGUGAAGAUGAAUGGGUGAUGUCAAAGCGUUUAAGGAACUACUUCAAUUUCUCUCAUCCGCUCAUCGCAAAGCAUUUAGAUCCUGAAGAAUGUGCUUGGGCAUAUGGUAUGAAUGUGUUCGAUCUACAAGCUUGGAGGAAAACAAAUAUCAGAGAAACGUAUCACUCUUGGCUUAGAGAGAAUCUAAAGUCGAAUCUGACAAUGUGGAAGCUUGGAACCUUGCCUCCUGCUCUAAUCGCAUUUAAGGGUCACGUCCACAUAAUAGACUCGUCAUGGCAUAUGCUUGGAUUAGGGUAUCAGAGCAAGACCAACAUAGAACAUGUGAAGAAAGCAGCAGUGAUACACUACAAUGGGCAAUCAAAGCCAUGGCUGGAGAUUGGUUUCGAGCAUCUGCGGCCAUUCUGGACAAAAUACGUCAACCACUCAAAUGAUUUCAUCAAGAACUGUCACAUAUUGGAGUAGGAAAUCAUUGGAUGAUCUAGAAGGUAGUAUUACAGAUGUAAAAGACAGAGGAAGUAGUAGAAGAAGAAAAGCAGAGAUAAAGACAAGGCACUGCAGAUAAUACUGAGUGUAAAGAAGGAAUCAGAAAUUUAGUUUGCCACAUACAUUGUUGCAGGGAAGGGGAAGCUGCAUGAGAGAAAGAGAGAGAGAGGGGGAGAGAUAAAGAUUCAUUCUUUCUGUAAAAUAGAAGGUACCCUUUUUUUUGAAAUUCUUUUGGAGAAUCUUUUAUAAGAAUGGGGAAAGAUUGGGUUUAUUUUGUAUUUUUUUGGGUUAUUAAGAGAGAGAGAGAGAGAGAGAAGAAAAGCCAGUUGUUGAUAAAUUGAGGAACACAAACAAUUAUACACUUACUUUUGCUCCACAUUUCUUAUUAA